GUCAGCAGGCCAUGUCAGCAGACCACGUCAGCAGGACACAUCAGCAGGACACGUCAGCCAACAGCAGGCCACGUCAGCCAACAGCAGGCCACGCCAGCAGCGAGUACCACGUCAGCAGGCCCCCGGCCUGGUCUAUGCUGUUGCGUUCACAAGCAGCCGUCAUGGACCAGAGGUCCGGGGAAACGGACGAGGCCUAUCAGGCCCGGAUGCUGGCCUGGAGUACCGAAACCAAGAAACGGGCGGAUGAUGCAGCAACCGCAGCGAAGAAGAAGGCAGAAGACGCCGAGAAGGCACGUCUGUUGGCAAUCGAACAGCAGCGCCAGCAAGACGAGGCAGCAGCAAGGGCUGCCGAUGAAGAACGAAUUCAACGACGCGAGAAGAUAUUCGGGAGAGAGCGAGCCUUGCUCACAAUGGCAGCAGAAUGGCGGACAAAGGCCGAGAAUGGAAAGAUGGAGGAGAGUGAAAACAAGAUCGCUCUACUUCUCUCCCAUCUCACGGACCUCCGAACCACAUGCAUUGCACAGCAGGAGGACAUCCACAGCCUCGACGACAUAGUUCAUCAGCACAAACGGGCGUUCGAUAACCACCUCCAGCAGCUGGAACAAACCAUCGCCGCCCCCGUUGCCAGCUCCUCCAACACCUCCGAUCGCCUUGAGGCUUUGGAGAUGGACGUCGGAUCCCUCAAGGACGGCGUGCAGUUACAGCACACCGCGACGCAACAGUUGGAGCAGCACAUCUGUGUUGCAGCCGCCAACCCUAGUUUGGGACAGCGGGAGUCAACUCCAAACUCCAUCUCGUCAGCGAAUACAAGCACCACGCGUACUUAUACUCCCGGUCGGGAGGCGCAUGUCAAGCCUGGACAAUCUCUUGUCCAAGUACGGGUGGUCGCUGCAGAGUUGCACACCAAGAUCAGCUGGGAUGAUCUAAAGGCGGCAUGGCACAAGCUGUUCCAAGUAGAGCCGCCGGAGAUCAAGGCAAUGUACAAGCUAAUGGUCUUUGAACAAGGCACGCUGCCGAGUACCGACUGGAUUGCCGACUACCAACGCUUGACAUCCGUCCCAGACAUCCAAAUGGGCUUCAAAGCCAUCCGCCACUAUUUUAUCUCAAGGUCUUGUCUGACAUUGAGCAAUGCCUUGACUCAUGUCGAGGACACCCUGACGACAACGGCGGAACUAUUUGACAAGGCCGCGCAGAUUAUUGUCACGAACAAGGAGGCUAAGAACCUGCAUUUGUCUGCGGCAGACCCGAGCAGAGAUCAACAUCGGUCGAAAGUGGCCGUGGUUGCAGCGGCAACGCCGCUUGACCAAACUAGCGAGGCUAUGUCUGCCAAUGAAGGGGACAGACUCGCAGCCGCCCGGGAAGGUCGCCGCCCCGACAAAGGCCGAGGAUGCGGCAAGGCGAAGACAAACACCGCAUCUAGCCCCGAGCCCGACGCAGCAGCUCCAGCCCCAUGCUCCUCGCAGAUGAGUGAUCCUUUAGCAGCGAGCAGAAUCAGCAGCCGCAUCACAUCAGUCCGGUGGAGAAGGAAGACAGCGGCCAUAGCCACGGAGCAUCAACACAGGGUACCAAAGGAGAAGAAAGAGGCCAAGAAGAAGGCCCUACAGGAGGAGCAGGCGGCCAAGCUGAAGAAGAUAGAGGAAGAGAUGGCCAGAGAGAAGGAGAGAAUAAAGAAAGAAGAAGAGGAGAAGCUGAAAGAGGUGGAAGAGGAAGAGGAGGAAGAUGAAACGCCGCUGCAAAGGAAGAGGGGGCAGUACAGUGGCAGCAGAGAUGAUGAGAUGGAAAAACGGAUUUCAGAAUGGGUCGCCAACUUAUCCCUGGGUGAAGAAGAAGAGGUGGCGAUGUAUAUCCCCAAGGAUGAUCAGGAAGCUGCUAUGAGAGCCUGGGACGCAGAGGAAGAUGUCAUAAAGCGGCAGGCGAUGGAAGAUGAGAAGAGGAUGGAGUGGAAACUGGCAGUGAUGAGGGAGAAGAAGAGGAGAGUGGACGCGGCAGCAGAUGCGACGGAAGAAUUGGAGGAGGUAAAAAAGAUAGAAGAGCAAUUAGCCGCCCAGGGUGAACUCCCAAAGAAAAUGGAGGUCAUAGCCCGAAACGUCGCGCGCUUAGUGCGAAUUCAGGCAGAGCAGUAUGACUUCAGUAGGAGUCAGCAUAUAGCUGUGCGUUCGAUACGAUUGGGAUUUCGGGACUUUGCUCGUGAGUUGGUGGGAGCUGUAGGAGCCGAGGUGGGCCACCGCCUCGACAAGACGGAGCGGUUUUGUGCUAGCACCAUUGAAGGCGUCAAGGCGGCAGCUCCCAAGGAGGAGGAAGCACGUCCUCGCCGGGAGCCGGUCAAAGUCAAAUUCCCUGAUUCCUAUAGUGGAAAACGGGAAGAAACUUUGACAAUUGGGAGGCCAAUGUCAAGACCUAUGUGCAUUUGCAACAGGUCUCCCGAUCAGCAUGUUGUAAUUGCGAUCCACGCCCUUAGAGAUGAGGUCGCCAGCUUCGCAAGGUCCGUAGUUCGUGCUGCCAACUGCAAUGAUGAUGCAGUAGCAUACUCGUCGUUCACCCCCCUCGUUGACUUUCUGAAAUUGCUGCGCGAGCGGUUUGCUGAUGUCGCUCGUAGUGUUAGAGCCUCAGACAGGCUGCAGACGAUCCACUCUCGUCAGUGGAAGAGUGCCAGGGCACUCAAGAGCACAAUGGAUGAAUUAGUGGAGACUCCCACACCACAUGUGCCUAUGGCAGAGGUUGCAGGCCGGUGUCUAGAUAGCUGCCCAAAAACUGCUUGUGUUAGGGUCUCCCUAGACACCUCCCUCACAGGCGUGGCCGAAGAAUUGAAGGAGAGGAUGCCCACCUGGGCCAAGAUGAAGAAGGAGAAUAAAGGGCAACUUAUAUUGGUAGAUACUGAGAUUUUUAGAGGUAGAGUUGGCGCCUUAGUGGAUAGUGGAGCCACUCGUAGUUACAUUAGUAGGAAGGCGCUGCAAAAGUUAAAGCUGCAGUUAAAAGUCCAAAAGUUAGCAGACCCUGUAGUCAGUAUCCUUGCGGAUAAUCGCACGAUGCAAGUAGAAGACUACGUAGAGGGAGUCCAGGCGUAUUUCCGCCUAGAGAAGGAUGGGAAAGUAGAGAAAGUUCUCCAUUCCCUGACUCUCCUCGUAGAGGAUAGCCUCCCAUUCGAUAUAGUCCUGGGUAUGGACUGGGGRGAGGCAGCCGGGGCCACACUCCACUUGAGGGAGCAUGAGUGUAGGCUCCCUAGCCCAUCAGGCGAUGUUAAGACUGCGCGUCUGUACCAUGUGUCAGGAGUAGAUAACUCCUUGGCACGUUGCUGCCUUAGUGCUCCUGCAUUUGCACGACUAGUGAAAAAGGAGCAGUUAGAAGAACAGGUUUUUGUGGCCUAUGUUAGGGCAGUCACUGAGCCUAAGGAAGAAAAGCCCAUAGACCCUGCUAUUGCCAAAUUGCUGGAAGAGUUUAAGGACUUAGCUGAGCCGCCGACAGGAACAGUGUCGCGGCCCAUCCAGCACCGUAUUGAGAUAGAGUCUGGCAGUAGAACUCCUAAAGGCGUUGUGUACAGAAUGUCCCCACGGGAGUUGGAGGAGCUUCGCAAGCAAUUGGACGAGCUCCUUGAAAAGGGUUGGAUUAGGCCCAGUUCUUCUCCGUUUGGAGCACCUGUUCUGUUUGUCACCAAGAAGGAGGGAGAGCUAAGGAUGUGUUUAGACUACAGGGGUAUGAAUGCUAUUACAGUGAAGAAUGUUGAGCCACUGCCGAGGAUAGACGAUCUCUUAGAUGGAGUGCAGGGGGCCAAGUAUUUCUCUAAGAUAGAUUUGAAGUCCGGAUACCAUCAGAUAGAGGUUCAUCCUGAUGACCAGUAUAAGACAGCGUUCCGCACUAGAUAUGGGCACUAUGAGUUCAUAGUGAUGCCCUUUGGACUAACCAAUGCUCCAACAACUUUUCAGCGGUGUUUGAAUGACUUGUUUAGGCCGUGGUUAGACAGAUUUGUUAUAGUUUACUUAGAUGACAUUCUAGUGUUUAGUAAGACCCUCGACGAGCAUCAGGGUCAUCUCAAGCAGGUCUUGGAGAAGCUGAGGGAAGCCAACUUCAAGAUCAAUGCAAAGAAGUGCGAUUGGGCGAAGACCCAAGUCCUAUAUCUAGGCCACGUCUUAGACGGAGACAGCGUUAAGCCAGAGAGGAUUGUAAGAUCGCAGCGAUUAGAGACUGGCCGACACCGCGACUGCACGUCUGCUAUGAAGAAGUUGAAACAGGCGUUGAUAGAAUAUCCAGUCCUUAAGGUAGCCGAUCCGUCCUUGCCCUUUGUCGUCACUACGGACGCUAGUCAGUACGGCAUAGGUGCGGUUUUGCAGCAAGACGAUGGCCAUGGCUAUAGACCCGUAGAGUUCAUGUCCGCCAGAAUGCCUUCAGAGAAGGUCGCGACAUCUACCUAUGAGAGGGAACUCUACACUCUCAGGCAAGCGUUAGAACACUGGAAGCAUUACCUGCUUGGGAGGCACUUCAAAGUCUACUCAGACCAUAAGACGUUGAGAUGGUUAAAGACGCAGGCCAAAAUGACACCUAAGCUUACUAGGUGGGCCGCAGAAAUAGAUCAGUAUGACUUUGAGCUCAAGCCAGUCAAGGGAAAGUAUAACGUAGUUGCGGAUGCUCUGAGUAGGAGAGCUGAUUACUUUGGGGCAAUAGUACAUUACCUAGACAGAGGGAAGGACCUACAGCAGAAGAUUAGGGAAGCCUAUGCCCAGGACCCUAUCUAUAAUGACCUCCUCAAGAGGGUCAAGGAGGCCCCAGAGACUGAGCCGAACUACUGCACUACUGAAGGGUUGCUCUUUGACCGCCUGUGCAUUCCCAGUACUGAAGAGAUCCGUAGUCUGAUUUUGGGAGAAUGCCACGACACAGAGGGUCAUUUUGGUUGGCAAAAGACUUUAGCCAAUCUGAUGCGCGCAUAUACCUGGCCAGGGAUGAAGAAUGACUGCAUAGUGUAUGUUCGCAGUUGUAAAGUCUGCCAGCGUAACAAGACUUUUACGCGUGCCCCGUUAGGUCUUCUCAGACCCUUGCCCAUUCCGGAUCAGCCGCGAGACUCAGUGUCCAUAGACUUCAUGGACACUCAAGUCAAGAGUAGGCAUGGCAAGAGCCAAGUCAUGGUCAUAGUUGACCGUUUCAGUAAGUACACAGUUUUUGUUCCUUUGCCUUCAGAGGCACGUACUGAUUUAGUGAUACAGAAGUUUUUUGACUGUUGGGUUAGUGAGAAUGGAAUCCCACUGUCAAUAGUUAGCGAUAGGGAUAGCCGCUUUACCAGCCAGAACUGGCAAGAACUCAUGGGAGUAUGUGGAUCUAAGUUGUUGAUGUCGUCCGACCGCCAUCCUGAGACUAACGGUCAGACAGAGCAAAUGAACAAGAUCCUACAGCAAGUUCUGCGCAUGUACAUUAGACCAGAUCAGAUUAACUGGGAUGAGAUGUUGCCGAAGGUAGCUAGUGCGUACAAUAACAAUCUGCAUCUGUCCACGUGCCGCACUCCCAACGAACUGCACAAGUCCUUUAGACCGCGUAGACCGUUUGAGGGACUCAACCGGGAUCAGAUUCAUAGGUUACCGCCCGGAACCAGGGAGUUUGCGAUUCAACACGAGAAGGAGAUAGCAACUGUUGUUGAGAAUCUUAGGAAGGCCCAGCACCGCAUGAUCGAACAGGCGAACAAGCAUCGUCGCCCUUCACAGUUCCAAGUAGGCGACUUGGUCUGGGUCCAGUCUAAAGAGUUUGCGCCUGAAGAGAACAUUGCCUACGUUCUCCUUAGAGAUUACCUGAGAUGUCUGCCUGCAGAGGUAAAGACUAAGCUGGUGGAUGAGGCCUAUGUUGACCAACAUAACUUCGCCUCUUUUAGCAAGAAAGCCUUAGAUAUAGAGGCAAAACUUGGGUCCGCGCAUCAGAGUCAGGGAGAUGGUAGGAAGAAGAAACUUCCCCAGGACUGGAAGAAGAAAGGUCAACUAAUGUUCGUCAACCAUGAUGGUCAGACGACAAAAAUUGACGACUUUCCAGACUAUGGGGACGAGACAGAGCAUGAUGGGGCCAGCGAGACUUCGGAUGGGGGAGUUGUGGCUCCUAUAAAGGAAAAAGCUAGGGGGACCGGGAGGAAGAAGGUAGGUUGGUCUACGGGGCAGAGCGACCAAGGAACACCCGCAUGGGUAAAACUUGGUUUAGAUUACGAGGAAGCAGCAUCUCAGAAUGCCAGGCACGCUAGGGAGGAGGUAACAGCCCUUCAGAAACGUAUGGAGGAGGAGGAGGCAACCAAGAAAAUUGUGGAUGAGGAAUUAGCAAUUACGAAACAGAAGCUUGAGAUUUUUCGCGACCUUGGUACCCACAAUGGGCAGAUGUACGAACAAACUCUGCAAGCACUAGAGGAGGAAAAGAAGGAAAACAAGCUGUUGCAGCGCAAAGUGGAGGAACUAAACAGAGAAAUUGAGCGACUCAGAGCGAGAGUUAAAGUGGAGGUCCAGUUGCGACAACGAGAUGCAGUCCGGAAGUGGAUGGAAGAACGGGAGCGGGAAUUCGGAGACAAGACGCAUUCUCUUGAAAAGGACAAAGAGACUCUGGCAAAAGAGGCUCAAGAGGAGCAAGCCAUCGCCAUCUUAAGAGAGAGAAAAGAGAAGAGGGAGAAAAAGGAGCUCCUUAAGCAGGCGAAGUUAAAGAUAAUAGCGGAGGAGCAGGCGGCAAAGAAGAAAAAGUUGGAGGAGGAGAUGAAGAGAGUACAACAGGAGGAGGAAGAGAAGAUGAGGGCUGCAGCAGAAGAGGAAGAGGUAGAGGAGGAGGAGCAGUUAGAAGAAGAAGAACAAACCCUCGAAAGGAGGCGUAUGGGAGAAAGAGGAAAGAGCAGUGGCACGAAGCAGGAUGACCUGUGGGUGGAGAAGAAGAUAUCAGAAUGGGUGGCUAAUUUAUCUUUGGGAGAAGAUGAAGAGGCAAUGUUGUAUGUGCCUCAGGAGGAGAAGGAAGCGGCAGCAAGGGAGAUCGUAGUAGCGAAGGGAGUCCAGGCGUAUCUUCGCUUAGAAAAGGAUGGGAAGGUGGAGAAAGUUCUCCAUUCCCUGACUCUCGUCGUAAAAGACAACCUCCCUUUCGAUGUAGUCCUAGGUAUGGAGUGGGGAGAGGCGGCAGGGGCCACACUCCACUUAAGAGAGCAUGAGUGUAGGCUCCCUAGUCCGUCAGGCGAGGUCAAGACUGCCCGCCUGUUCGAUGUGUCAGGGGUAGACAACUCCCUGGCACAUUGCUGUCUCAGUGCUCCCGCGUUCGCGCGAUUAGUGAGAAAGGAACGAUUAGAAGAGCAGGUCUUUGUAGCUUACGUGAGGCCUGUCACUGAGCCUAAAGACGAUAAGCCAAUGGACCCAACCUUUGCCAAGCUGCUGGAAGAGUUUAAAGACUUAGCAGAGCCGCCGACAAGAGUAGUAUCGCGGCCGAUCCAGCACCGUAUAAAGAUAGAGCCUGGCAGUAGGACUCCUAAGGGAGAAGUCUACAGGAUGUCCCCAAGGGAGUUAGAGGAGUUGCGCAAAUUGUUAAAGAAAGAAGCCAUCUUGACGUGGGACAAAGAUUGUACGUCCGCGCUUAAGAAGCUAAAGCGCGCGUUGAUAGAGUACCCUGUCCUCAAGGUAGCAGAUCCGUCCUUGCCAUUUGUCGUCACCAUGGACGUGAGUCAGUAUGGUAUAGGCGCCAUGUUGCAGCAGGACGACGACAAUGGCUAUAGACCCGUAGAGUUCAUGUUCGUGAGGAUGCCCUCAGAGAAGGUAGCUACCUCAACUUACAAGAGAGAACUCUACGCUCUCAAGCAAGUCUUGGAGCACUGGAAGCAUUACCUGCUUGGGAGGCACUUCAAGGUUUAUUCCGACCACGAGACCCUUAGGUGGCUGAAGACGCAGGCCAAGAUGACACCUAAGUUGACUAGGUGGGCCGCUGAGAUAGAUCAGUAUGACUUUGAGCUCAAGCCUGUCAAAGGCAAGUACAAUGUAGUUGUCGAUGCUCUAAGGAGGAGAUUAGACUACUUUGGAGCUAUAGUUCACUAUAUGGAUAUAGGGACAGACCUGCAAGAGAAAACGAUAUUCUCGUCUAUAGCCGGUCAUUGGAAAAUCAUCUUGGGCAUCUUCGACGAGUGUUGGAGACGCUCUGCCGCGCCAAGUGCAAAGACCAACCGCGACAAGUGCGAAUUUGUCCGGCAAGAGCUGGAAUACUUGGGCCAUUUUGUCACACCGGAGGGCAUCAGUCCGCUAUCGGACAAGAUUCAAGCCAUCCAAGAGUGGCCGGACCCUCGGAACGUCAGGGAUGCCCGUUCGUUCCUUGGCCUUGUCGGCUACUACCAGCGUUUUAUCAAAGGCUACUCGAAGAUCGCGGCCCACUUGACCAAGCUUCAAUGCGAGGACCGACCGUUUGAAUUCGGAGAGGAGGCGCGGGAAUCAUUUUUGGCUCUCAAAGCCGCGUUGUUAUCAGCGGAGGUCUUGCGCAUGUACGACCAAUUUUUGCCUACGCGCAUCACUAUGGAUGCGUCAGGCUAUGACAUUGGUGCAGUCCUCGAGCAACAUGAUGGUGUGGAAUGGCACCCGGUCGAGUAUUUCAGCAAGAAAGUGCCCAUCGUGCAUUCCAUUGACGAUGCACGCAAGAAGGAGUUCCUCGCCUUCGUCCACGCGCUCAAGCGGUGGCGACACUUCCUCCUUGGUCGAAGCCAAUUUCGAUGGGUAACGGACAACAAUCCGUUGGUCUUCUAUAAGACCCAAAACACCGUCAACAGCACCAUCGCUCGAUGGAUGACUUUCAUCGACCAGUUCGACUUCUUUCCCGAUCACAUUCCCGGGAAGUCGAACCGUUUUGCGGAUGCUCUUUCACGGCGUGGAUCAUUGGAAGCGAUUGCCAUGGACAUUACUCGCCCGUUCCCCAAGCACAAGACCGGAGUGGAUGGGAUUCUCACGGUGGUCGACCGACUCACCAAGUUCGCCAUGUUCUUGCCUUGUCGCUAUCAUGCCAAGGCACCAGAGUUGGCCGAGGUUCUUUACGCCGGUUGGAUUCGAACCAAGGGUUACCCCAAGGAGAUCGUCUGCGACCGCAACACCCGAUUCAUGUCCGAUUUUUGGUUGGUGCUCAUCAAGCGAUGGGGCUCAUCUCUCAAGCCCAGUUCAGCUCGCCACCCCCAGACCGAUGGCCAAACGGAGAGGGCGCACCAGACCGCACAGGUUCUCCUUCGCACUCUUAUCCGUCCGGACCGGAAGGACUGGGUUGAGUGGCUGCCGGAUGUCGAGUUGGCCUACAACUCUUCCAUCUACCCGGCUAUCGGGAUAUCGCCUUUCGAGUUCGAGCACGGCUCGCCGGUCACUUCACCGUUGGACACUAUUACUCCACGAACGGCCGAGAGCGAUGACCAUCUUCUUUUCUUGCGUUGGAUGCAAGAGCUUCUUGUCAAGGCACGCGACCAAACGACUAAGACGCAGCAGCGCAGGAGCCAGCAGGCCAAUCGCCAGCGUCUUCAUUGCCCAUUCCGCGCCGGCGACCUCGUUUGGGUUUCCGCAGCGGAAUUCAGCCUUGAACAAGACAUCUCGCGCAAGCUUCUCCCGAAAUGGAUGGGGCCUUGGCCGAUCGUGGCACCCGCUGGGGAUGCACCUGAGGGACCUUCCUUCACGAUUCAGGUAUAUCCAGAGGCAGACGAUCUUGCGUGGUACGCUGAGGAUCGGAAUUGGGAGGAGUUCGAUGACAUAGACCCUUGGGGUGACCAGGGCGAGGACUGGGGAGAUCUGGCGCGGGCCGAGGGACAAGAGCAGACCGGGACCGCAGGACUCGCGAGACGUAUGGGCGUGCUAGGAGACAAGAUGACUACUCGCGUAGCCCUCGCUAUGAGCCUGACGGGGAUAGAGGCGACUCUCGAGGCCGGUGGGAGUCGGAUCAGGGCCGGCGAGACGGAUACAGGGAUGGUAGAUAGGCGAGAUCGGACCGAGAUGGACAUAGGGACGACAGAUAUGAGAGAUCGGACCACGAUGGACAUAGAGACGACAGAUAUGAGAGGUCGGAUAGAGACGGAUACAGGGGCGGCAGAUAUGAGAGAGGAGAUCGACCCGAUGAUUCACACGGGCGAUACGACCGAGGAGACCGACGUGAUGAUUCACGCGGGUGGUACGACCGAGGAGACCGACGUGAUGAUUCACGCGGGCGAUACGACCGAGGAGACCGACGUGAUGAUUCACGCGGGCGAUACGAACACGGAGACCGCCGCAAUGAUUCGCGUGGCAGGAAUGAGAGAGGGGGAUAUGGCGCUUCUGCAAAACCGUAUCCGAAGUCCCCUAACCCCAGAGCAGCGAGAGGUUCGACUUCAAGAGGCGCAGACGACAGACCACCCACACCCAGGAACUCUUGCGUUUACUUACUUCAAGUGGGCAGAUGAUCUGGGAGACGUAUCGAUGUUCCCUUCGAUGAAGGAGAAUGUCGAAGCAAGGAUAGUAAAGCCGAGUAAAGGAAAGGAGCCGGUUAGGAGCCAGAGCAUCAAGAUAACUUUCGAAGGAGAUAUGGCGACCACACCCAUAAGGGUGGCAGCUACCAAGUCCGCGAGAGGGUCUACAUCGAAGAAGACCGACAAGGAUUACGUGAUGGCGGAGAAGGACGGACAGGGGAUCGAUGGAGAGGAGGUUAUUCUUUCGUCGCGAAAGCGGGGAGUGAAGAAGUUCUUGAUGAAGAAUUCGCUGGAUGAGAUUGACACGGUCGAGCCACUGAGACGGGCCCUUCGGCAGCCCAUGCAGUGCUCUAUUCUGGAGUACCUGGCGGCAUCGAAGCCGGCUCGCGAUGAGUUACAGAUGAUCACGUGGAAGACUCGUAUACCUCUAUCAGAGGAGGCUCAGGGGGCCCCUAAGGCGAAAGCUCCUACAGUAACAAAGACGGAGGUGACUGCCAGAGCAGAUUGCAUGGCGACAGUCCUUCUUGAUGGGAUGGAAGGUGUGCCUCCAGACAAGUUUUACAUACUUCGUAGUGGGGCUGUGGAGGCGAUUAUAAACGACGGGGCGGUACUAGAUGUUGUGAUCGAUAACGGCAGUGAGGCUGUCAUUAUAGACGAGGAUCUAGCAGUACAGGUUGGACUGGGCCUCGAUAGGUCAUACCUAUUCAAGAUAGAGACGGUUGAUGGAAGAAAGCAACAGAUCACCGGGGUUUUUAAGAACCGCAGCUCCGAUCUGCUCUUGGGACGAACGUGGUUGAGCCACGUGCACGCGGUGACGAUAGAGCGACCGGAUGGGAGUCAGACAUUGUCCAUUAAGAGGCUAGAUGGGACGCGGGUUAUGAUUGAGACAGUGGAGCCUCGGGACCCGAACAGAGCAGCUCUUGCUGUGGGUGCAAGACCCAGUGAUCAGAUUAAGUCAUUACCUAUCUCCAGUCGCGCGGUGCGAUUUCGCGAGAAGAAGUAUGGACCACUGCUCACAGAGGAAGAAGGUCGGAUCGUGGAGGUGGAAGACUUAGGGAGUCGGCUGAUAGUGGACGACAACUCGUACCCAAAGGAGACAGAUGAGGAAUUUGGCGGGGUGAAGGAGAAGGAAGAAGUUAUCGCUUUCCUGAAAGAAAAGAUGGUUUCCCAUGUUGCGGAGCCGUCUGAUAGCGCCUAUGCUAAUCGAUGGUUCUUCCUACGGAAGCCGAAUGGCAAGAUCCGAUGGAUCCAGGACCUUCAGAAGGUCAACGCCGUGAUGAUACGAGACGUGGGCUCCGUGCCGCACGCCGACUUACUGGCCGAAGGCAGGGCGAUUUAUUCGGUCUGUGAUCUGUUCUCAGGCUAUGAUGAGGUACCGCUUGAUCCUAGGGACAGGCACCUCACGGCUAUGCACACGCCAUUGGGACUGUUACAGAUGAUGGUUGUCCCUAUGAGUUGGACUAAUGGGGUAGCCGUUUUUCAGAGAGUCAUGAUGGCCGUCCUCAAGGACUUCAUCCCUUAUAAGGUUGAAGUUUUUCUGGAUGACUUUCCUAUAAAAGGGCCAGUAAACAAGGAUGAGACAGAGGUUGUACCAGGAGUUAGAAGAUUCGUCGAGCAGCACCUAACAUAUAUUUGCGCGGUACUUGAGCAGCUGGACGAUGCGAAUUUAACGGUUAGUGGAACAAAGAGCCGAUGGGCCGUCUCGACUAUUAAGAUCUUGGGCUUUAUCUGUGACUCGAGAGGACGCCGAGCAGAUCCGGCGAAGCUAGACAAACUCCUGAAUUGGCCGUCACCAUUACAUAGUCCAACCGAGGUCCGACAGUUUCUGGGAGUGGUCGGUUACUGGCGUAUAUUCAUACGAGGGUAUGCGGAGAAGGCUGAGCCAUUGAGGUUACUCAUUCGAAAGACUGAGAAAUUCUACUGGGAUUCCUCGCAGGAACUCACUAUGCAAGAGCUUAAAGACGAAUUUAAGGAGGGAGGACGCGUGUUGGGCGUGCCAUUCUUUGAUGAUGAGGCUGGGAGACCCUUCAUAGUAUCCACGGAUGCUGGACCUUGUUCAGUAGGUGGAUUGUUGUCUCAGAAGGACGCUGGAGGGAAGGAAAGACCGUUAAGAUUUGAGAGUAGAACACUUAAUACGGUUGAGCGAAACUAUAGUCAAUUCAAGAAGGAAGUGUUAGCUGUUCUGCGGUGUCUAGACACGUUCAGACACUAUAUCUAUGGGCGACGGUUCAUCUUGAGAGUAGAUCCCACCGCGGUUGCCUCUGUCCUCCAUAAGGACUUUAGUCUGACGGACCCGACCAUCGCUCGAUGGUUAAUACGGAUUCGGCUAUAUGAUUACACAGUUGAGAGGAUAUCUGGCACUAAAAAUGUCGUGGCAGAUGAGCUUUCGCGCAUCCCUCUUGAGGCCGAGCGCCCGAUAGUAGCUGGAGCCCUGACAAUGGCGGAGCCGAGACGCGCCGAGCGAUUUCUGGUUAACCUUUAUGAGGGCAAAUACCGAACGAUCGGGCUACAUUUGUCAGGAGAGGAGAGUCAAGAAUCAGAUAUCCGGAGACAAGCGGCGCAGUACUGCCUUAGAGCCGGCCAUCUAUUUCGAAGGCCGGUCGGCUCGGGGAUGCCCUUACGAGUAGUCUGUGACCCUGAGGAGAGACAGACGAUAGUUGCGGAGCUUYACGACGGGGUAGUCGGAGGACACAGGGGAGUCAAAGGAACCUACGAAAAGACUGUCGAGGAGCAUGUUGCACAUUUGGACAAAGUCCUCAGUCUCCUGCGACAGCACAAGUUCAAGAUCAACGGUGAGAAGUGCGAGUUUGGCCGCACCCGUGUCUUGUACUUGGGUCAUGAGAUCUCCGCGGAAGGGUUGAAGCCCGAUGACGCGAAGGUGGCCAUCAUUCGUGAUUGGCCACGUCGUCAGUCAGUGACUGAGAUGAGAUCUUUCUUGGGAAUGACAGGCUACUGUAGGACUUUCGUCAAAAACUAUAGCAUAGUGGCCGCUCCUUUGACUGAUCUGACCCGCCUUGACGCCCCAUGGGAGUGGACAGAUGAGUGUGAGGCUGCUUUCGGACAUUUGAAGCAUGAGUUGACGCACUACGAGGUCUUGAAACUUCCUGAUCCUGACAAGCCGUUUAUAGUCACCACGGAUGCCAGCCAAUAUGGCAUUGGCGCCGUGCUCGCGCAACAGGAGGGGCCAAAGUUGAGGCCUGUAGAGUACAUGUCCAAGAAAAUGUCGUCUCAGAAGUUGGCUAAGUCCACCUAUGAGAAGGAACUCUAUGCGGUUUACAAGGCUCUAACCCAUUGGAGACACUACCUCCGUGGGAGAUUCUUCAUCCUCAGGACUGAUCAUCGGACCCUGAGAUGGAUGAGAACCCAUCCUGUACUUUAUGACGCCCUCAAGCGUUGGAUCGAAGUCAUCGAGCAGUAUGACUUUGACCCUCAGUAUCUAAAAGGGGAGUACAACAAGGUUGCGGAUGCCUUGUCGCGUAGACCUGAUUUCUUAGGUGCGUUGAUUACUGAGUUCAAUCUGACGGACGAUGUAGGGAAUAAACGAUUGUGUGUUCCCAAUAGUGAGUCUUUGCGUAGUUUGUUUUUAGGAGACUGUCAUGAUGCCACCGACCAUUUUGGGUAUAAGAAGACCGCAGCCAACUUGCUGCAGCGGUUCUGGUGGCCCACGAUGAUGCGAGAUGCCCAACUGUACAUGGAGACUUGUCAAGUUUGUCAACGGGACAAGCCACGUACGCAAGCUCCUUUCGGGCUUCUGAAGCCCCUUCCGAUUCCGGAACGGCCUGGUGAGAGUCUGUCCAUGGAUUUCAUGGAUACUCUGAUCACCAGCAAGAGUGGGAUGCAUCACAUCUUCGUCAUUGUGGAUAGAUUUAGUAAGUAUGCUAGGUUAGUAGCCAUGCCGGAAACAGCAAAGACGAAGUACGUGAUCCGAAUGUUCAAAGAGAACUGGGUUAGAGACUUUGGUUUACCGAAGUCUAUUGUCAGUGACAGGGAUGCCAGGUUUACCAGCGAGUUGUGGAAGGCUGCUGCUGCAGAACAGGGCACUCAGUUGCAGAUGACUUCUGGGAAUCAUCCAGAGGCCAAUGGACAGUCCGAGCAACUGAACCGCGCUGUACAACACCUGUUGAGGCACUACAUCAAGCCCAACCAGGUAGAUUGGGAUGAGAAGCUUGCUCUCAUCUCCAGCUUGUAUAACAACACUGUACACAGCGCCACGAGGAUGAGCCCAAAUAACUUACUGCUCACAUUCAAGCCAAAACUGCCCCUAGACUUCCUUCUCCCUGAGAAUCAAUCCACUGCUGCACCAGGUAUCCUAGAAUUUGCAUAUUGCUAUGAACAGAAGAUGCAGCAGGCUGUAGAACAGAUGCAGAAGGUGCAGGCUGCAAUGAUAGAGUCUGAGAAUAGACAUCGCCGACCUUCUACAUUUCAGGUUGGGGAUAGGGUCUGGGUUAAGUCUUCAGAAUUGGGACAGGAGCACGGGAUCUCCCGCAAACUCAUGCCCCAAUACUUUGGACCCUGGGAAGUCUUGGACAUCGUUGGGACAGAUCCGGAUGGGCCAUCUUAUGUUAUCCGGAUCCCAGGUCAUCUCCGUACUUACCCUGUCUUUCACGCAUCCAAGCUGGCACCUUUCAAAGUGACUGAUCAAUUUCCAUCUCGCCGCUCAAUGCUGCCCCCAACCAUGGAUGGAGAGGUGGACAUCGACGACAUCGUGGAUCACAGAGAGUUGCCGGUAUCAAGACCAGCAGGCAGGGGACGUCCUCCGAAACCGAAGCUACAGUACCGCGUUUGGUUCCGGCAUCACACUGAUCCGAAGGAGGACCGCUGUGAUGGUGGUGAUAGUGGUGGCAGCGGUGGUGAGAGCGGCGGUGGCGGCGGCGGUGGCGGCGGCGGUGGUAGUGGCGGCGGCGAUGGUGGUAGCGGCGGUGGUGGUAGCGGCGGCAGCAGUGGUAGCGGCAGUAGGGGUGGUAGCGGUAGAUGUGGUAGCUGUAGAGGUGGUAGUGGUAGAGGUGGUGGUGGUAGUGGUAGUGGUAGUAGUGGUACUGGUGCUGAUACUGGUAAUACUCCUUUGACCAGCUUCGAGCUGGGGCUGGAGCACACUGCAGUGGGUUGUAGAGGAGUAGCGGAUGAGGCGGAGGCCAGGGGACUUACCUGUCGACUUACCUGCGACGCCAUAGCUCCGGCUUUGUCUUCAGCAUGUCCGUACCUGCAUCAAGGUGCCACCUUUCUGCAGAAUGAGAAGUAUCGACAGCAAAUGGAAGAGCUGGGGAAGGAUGUUUUGAGACUUGAGGAGGAACUGCACAAAAUUGACGUAUUGGAAGCUGCUCUCUCGACGAAGGAGAAAGAGGUGCUUGAGCUACAAGGAGUGAUAUCUGACUUGAGAAAGGGAGUUGCUCAUAAGAAUGAACUUCAACAAAGAGUGGAGGAUUUAUAUGCCAGGGUCAAAUUUGCAGAUAAGGAGCGCAAGGCAUUGGAAAGAGACAAAGAGGAGUUGGAAUUGCAGAUGCGGGAGCUCACACAACAACUCAUGGUCAGCAGAUCACAGAUGCAGGCGAACAGCCAGAAGUUGGUCGAGCUGAAAGCAGAAGUGAAUCGGUAUCGCACUCGUGCCCAAGAAGCUGCUCACAAGCAUGCUGUAGCAGCAUUUAGGAUUCUCUAUCUGGAAGUGAAAAUAAGGCGGCAAGAUGAACUGAUAGCGACCUUCUCUGCCAAUGCUAAUGCUGGGAAAAUAACAGCCCAGUUGGGGGUGGAGGAGGGUUCAUUGCGUGUGUUGAUGGCAGAGCUCUCUGGCUCGCUUGAUGGUGUGGAACGCUUGCAGAAGCUGAUCCAUGCCCUUGCUCGUGUGAUGGAUAUACAAACGGCAGGGCAAGGAUCACAUGUACCAACACCAGAGGAAGGGCGGAGAGAGCUGUGGGAGGAAAUGACACAUUCCCGGAGUAUGGGAAGUUUGCAAGGUGAAGGAGACAUGGGAGAUGAGAGGAGAGAUUGGAAAAUGAGUGCGAGGGUAGCAGACCUGAGAAGAAUGGUGCAAGACUCGAUUGCAGCCGUUGUUGCUGUCAUUCGGGCAGCUGGUGGAGGCGAGAGCCGGACCUCCAAAACAAGUACUGCUCAUCAAGCAAAGCAGGGGUGGUUACGUGGGCGUGUGAUGGCAGAAUACCUUUUCAUGACUGUUGAUCCAGAUGAGGGGGUGAUAAGGUUCCGUCCACCUGCAUUCUCUAUACCCUUCGUUGAGAGAAAGGACCAAACAAGGAGUUUGUCCAGAGGGGAAGAAGGAAGGAGAACUCAACAGCAUUCAAGACUUGAGAAUGAAGAGCAAGUCUCUAAGAGGAGACUGUUGGGAGGAGAGGAAGAAGGAGGAGGUGGAGAGAAAGACGGGGUUGAAUCAGAUGCGGGUAGUAAGAAGGGAGAGGAGGAGAGACGGGACAAAGAUAUAGGGGUGCAUGGUAAGACCUGGGAUCAGAAAUUUUGGAUUGAUGAAUUAGGAUCAUUAUGCCUCCAUGUCGGUGAUUCAAAUGCUGGACUUCUGGCCUUCUUCGAACCUAGCCGCAAGUCACGGAGUGAAAAGGCCAUGCAUAUGCCACGUGGACGUAGGCGUCCAGGGCAUACAUCUAGAUCUGGAUUGAUCACUUCCAUUGAUCUUGAGGGCGAGACAGGCGAUGGUCCUUCAAUCAUCCCAGGAUCAUCAGCAACUCAUCAAGGCCGUAGGUCUAAAUCUAGGUCGAUCACUUUUGUCGAUCUCGAGGGCGAGAUGGGCCAUAGCUCUUCGGUCACCCAUAGCUCUUCCGCCACCCCAGGAUCACCUGCAAUGUCAUCUCGCAGCAAUCAAUCGCGAAGUGGGCAUUCCCGCAUUGGAGACAUGGUUGCAAAGGCUGCGGGUGGACUUGUCAAAACGCAGGAGACCACUGAGAACCAUGAGGACAAGAGAGGUCACCCGACUCGCCGUACCAGUGGAAUAGACCAUGGAACAAAUCCUGUACCUGGAUCCACAAGGCCGAAUAAAUCAGUCGUAAAUACCGGCGAAGCUCCUUCCCAGUUCUCUCAUCGAAGAGUUCCGCUGAUCAAGCGUGAUUCAGAGCAUUGGGAGGAACUUGUAGAAGGGGGUAAACAAUGGCUUGGGAUGCGAAAACCAAAGAGACCCCAGUUGGGCCCAAAACGUGUUCAGCUUGUGCUGAAACCCCCUGAGUUUGGAGACUGAAAGCAUUUGGUACUACUUAAGAGUUAAGACAGGUACCUGUUGUCUGUCACUAAGCUCUCCCUGUGCAUCCUUAAACCUUGAGGAUGAGGGUGAAGGACAAUGGCAAUCAAAAUGGUGAUGGUACCGUAGCUCUCCCUGUACAUCCUUAAGCCUUGAGGAUGAGGGUGAAGGACAAUGGCAAUCAAAAUGGUGCUGGUACUGCGGUUCCUUCUUGAGGUGUUGUAAAUGAGGAGGGAGGGGAGGCGGGAAGGCGAGAGGAACAUCGUGUGUGCUCGCACGCACGCGCAAGAGAGAGAGAGAGAGAGAGAGAGAGAGAGAGAGAGAGAGAGAGAGAGAGAGAGACGUACGCCUGCUAGGUACUGACAGUCUAUCAAGUUUCUCUCAACAUGGGUUUACACCUUGAAGAUGAAGAGAAAGGACAGGGGACAAUGGUGACAGCAAUGUGGCUCCUAGCAGUUUCUUGAUGUUAAAGGUGGGUCCGAAUGAUGACCCGUGGAAUGGAGGGAGGGUGAGAAAUAGAGAGGGAGAAGGUGAGAGGGGAGGAAGGCACGUUGCCCAUCAUCUAUCUGGUCUCUGUACGUGUGUUUAAGCCUUGAGGAUGAGGGGAAAGGACGAUAAAAAUGGUUAUUGCAGUGUGUGGCUUCCUGCAGUUUCUUGAAGGUGUUGUACAAUAAUGACUCCAGGUAUGGGGGGAGGGUGGGAAAGGGAAAGGACAGGAGCAGGGAGGAGGGAGAAGGUGAAGAGCUGCAACAGAGAGGGAGAGAGUACCUCAUCACCAUGGACGUGAGGUGGAUGAGAACCUCUCCAAGGCAUUUUUGCUGACUGGCCUGCCACCAUAAUGGAUUUUUAUUAUUUUUUAACAAAGAUGAACAUUGGUGGUUCUUCAGAAUCUUAAACCACCAGUACCUACUGGGUUUUUAGGCCCCCUCUGACGUGAAUGAAUACAGACUCGCGUGGCAGGCCGAUUCAUCCACUGCAUUAAAAAUGCAGUAAAAGGGCCUUUACCCG